AUGCUGGAAACUGAUCACUCUAGGAAUGACAAUUUAGACGAUAAAAGCACUGUCUGCUACAGCGAAAAGACAGAUAGCAAUGUUGAGAAGUCUACCACGUCUGGCUUGCGCCGUAUAGACGCUGUCAACAAGGUCUUGUCUGACUACAGCUCUUUCACAGCUUUUGGAGUUACGUUUAGUUCACUCAAGACCGCCCUACUGGUGGCUCUGUUUUUGCAGGGUUACUGUACUGGACUCGGAGGGCAGAUUUCGCAAUCAAUACAAACCUAUGCCGCUAACAGUUUUGGAAAGCAUUCUCAAGUAGGAUCGAUCAAUACCGUCAAAUCAAUAGUAGCCUCUGUUGUCGCAGUGCCAUACGCACGUAUAUCUGAUCGGUUUGGACGUAUAGAAUGCUGGAUUUUUGCGCUUGUGCUCUAUACUAUUGGAGAAAUUAUUUCUGCUGCUACUCCAACGUUUUCCGGACUUUUUGCAGGUAUUGUUAUACAACAGUUCGGUUAUUCUGGAUUUCGUCUUCUUGCUACAGCACUGACUGGUGAUCUGUCUGGAUUGAGAGAUCGUACAUUUGCGAUGAACAUAUUUCUGAUUCCCGUGAUUAUAAACACAUGGGUAAGUGGAAAUAUUGUUAGCUCAGUUGCUGGUAAUGUUGCACCAUAUAAAUGGCGUUGGGGCUAUGGAAUUUUUUGCAUCAUUGUGCCCAUCUCCACCCUAAUAUUGGUCCUUCCCUAUGUGUAUGCUCAGUACAUUUCCUGGCGCAGCGGUAAGUUACCACCAUUAAAAUUGAAAGAAAAAGGACAGACCCUGCGUCAAACGCUCUGGAAAUUUGCGGAUGACAUAAACUUAAUUGGAGUCAUUCUUUUCACUGCUUUCUUAGUUUUAGUAUUAUUACCUCUCACAAUAGCUGGUGGAGCCACCUCCAAAUGGAGAGAGGGUCACAUUAUUGCAAUGAUUGUGGUUGGUGGCUGCUUAGGUUUUAUCUUUCUAAUUUGGGAAUUAAAAUUUGCUAAGAAUCCAUUUAUCCCACGAGUAUAUCUAGGUGAUCCAACCAUCUACGUUGCAUUGCUAAUGGAAUUUGUAUGGCGUCUAGGUUUGCAGAUUGAGUUAGAGUAUUUGGUCACCGUGUUAAUGGUAGCAUUCGGAGAAUCAACAUUAAGUGCGCAGCGGAUAGCUCAGCUUUACAAUUUUCUACAGUCAUGCACUAAUAUUGUUGUCGGCAUUAUGCUGCAUUUCUAUCCUCAUCCGAAAGUCUUUGUAGUCGCUGGGUCGCUUCUUGGUGUCAUCGGAAUGGGUCUUUUGUACAAAUACAGGGUGGUAUAUGACGGGAUUUCGGGUCUUAUUGGCGCUGAGAUUGUGGUCGGUAUAGCUGGUGGUAUGAUACGUUUUCCUAUGUGGACGCUAGUGCACGCUUCAACCACCCACAAUGAGAUGGCAACUGUCACUGGGUUACUAAUGUCCGUUUAUCAAAUCGGAGACGCAGUAGGUGCUUCCAUCGCUGGUGCUAUAUGGACUCAGCGUCUGGCAAAGGAGUUGAUACAGCGACUCGGCUCUAGUUUAGGGAUGGCAAUCUACAAAUCACCACUCAAUUAUCUAAAAAAAUACCCUAUUGGAUCAGAGGUUCGUGUUCAGAUGAUAGAAUCCUAUUCGAAGAUUCAACGCUUAUUGAUAAUUGUGUCCAUUUCGUUUGCGGCUUUCAAUGCUGUUCUCUGUUUUUUCUUGCGUGGCUUUACUGUAAACAAGAAGCAAAGUCUUUCCGCAGAAGAACGAGAGAAAGAGAAGCUCAAAAUCAAACAACAAUCAUGGCUCCGUCGUGUAAUUGGAUAUUGA